CAUUAAGUACUGCGGGCGUUGUUUUUCUUUUUUUUUUUUUAAGUAGACCGUCUAAGUACAUUCAUUCGUAACAUUAUCCAGGCUGCGGACGUGCGGCGACCGUACGACAUGCAGAUGCAAAUCAACAGUUAGCGGGACUGCCUUGUCAUACAAGACUGCCAACUCAGCACCGCGCGCACCUUAGCCCCAACUCGCAGUCACUCGCCGCACGGCGUGUGUCCACGCACUAUUGACUGUUUCUCUGACGUGUAUACACGUAUGUACGCGUGACGACUGGCGACGAGUCGACGACUGGCCGCUAGCGACCAUCGGCAGCAUCGGCGAAGACCGGCGUUGCCGUCGGUCCGGUGACGGUGACGGUGACGUCGACCCUACCGGAUCGCACCAACCGUGGCAAGCGGGAGGAGUCUGACCCGACCCGACGCGAGAGAUCGUCGCGCGCGACGGGAGGGAAAAAUAAAGGGAAAAACAGCUCGCGACCUGCGGUGACCCACGAACACCCGAUGAGAAACGAACGAGACCGACAUCCAUUCGAUUUGCUCUUCUAAUUGUACACCUUGUCUCCCUGCUCUUUCCUAUAUAUCUCAUUUUAGUCGUGGAGAAUUAACGUACUAUACAGCUGAAACGGAUGAAUCUUGUUAUCGAGCUUUCUUAUUUGUUUUUCCGUAUUUGUGUAAAAUGAGAGAGACAUGAGAUUGCAAAGGGAAGAAAACUUUUUACAUUUUCGAAAGGUUUUAUAGGUUUUACAGGUUUACAAAACGUGUUUACUCUGAUGUCACUGUGCGUUUUACAUUUUUCGAAUGUUCGAAUUAAGUAAGACAGGUAACGUUAUCUUUUUGGACCUUGAAGUGGAAAGAGAAAUAAGGUGUAAUGAGGAAAAAGGAGCGAGUGCGAGACUAUACUUCCGUGUUCGCCAUUGUCAACGGGUUUUUUUAUUCAUGUUUUCCAACGCCGCAAACAAAGCGGUGCAAGGUGAUACAUAAUUUCAUAUUGCAUGCCACGAAGUUUGCCUAAUCUAGAGCGAGAAAGGGAGGGGCAACAGAGGGAAGAGAGGUAUCUUAAUCGAGCAAUAAAUCCCCAUCCGGUUGUUUUACACGAAGACUUGUCUGUCCACAAGAGUACAGCACUUUUUCUGUAAAUUUUUGAAUUAACUUUUAAACUCUCUAGAAAAAAGAUAAAGUUCUGUCCUUUUUAUAAUAAAAAAAAAGAGAUAAAAGGAAUAAAUUGAUGAAUAUUAUCUACAUUGAUAGAAAUGGACAGAGCGAUUGUGAUCGAACGAUCCGAUUAAUUCGCAUAUCACUUGAAUUGACGAUAUCACUUGAUCGAUAUUACUUUGUCAAGUGAUACUUGCUUACUUUUACUAAACUAUAAUCUAUAAUAGUUAAUAAAUUUUAAAUUUUUAGAUAUAUAACAAGAAAGAUUAUAACAGAGGAAGAAUAAAUUAAUUUAAGUUACACAUAUAAUAAUUAUACAUAAUUCAGAAUUUUGUUCCAACAAAUCUGCCGGUUAAAUUGAUCAAUGAACACUGAUCAAAUUAUUUGGAGCAUGGAUCGAUGACACUCCAAGUUAUCUUCCCUUUAUCUCACGGUUGUAAUAAUUAUAAUAAUGGAGAUUAUAAUAAAAGAUAUCACGUCAUCGUGGGAUCUUUUAUAUUCUCCCUUAUUCUUCGUUUAUUACAAUUUAUAAAUUUUCAAUAGUGAGAAUUCGAUUCUUCAAGAUUGGAUUAUUUAUACGGAUUUUUGUCUGUCUCGAAGAAAAAAAUAAGAAUAAAACUUAUACGAUAAAAAGAUGGAGAUUUAAGUGCCUCGAAGUUGAGUUACAUAUAUACCAAAUUUAUGUGCAAAUUAUUGGAAAAAAACAACGUCGUAAAUGACGUAAACAAUGUUUGCCUUCUUGGCGAACGGGUGGCGAGGAGGGGGAACGAACAAUGCUUUUUUUAUCGCGAAAAAUGAAUCACCCCAUUUUGUUGAAAUCGUGUCACUCGAGAUCGAGCUACAUUUUCGUUAUCGUCGAUCUCGCAUGACCAGGCAACACAAAAGGCAGCGACGACACCGAUCCCCCUUUAUCGAGCGCUUCGUGAAAUCAUGCUCCGAUAUCGUUCUUUCGCGCGGCUAUUUAGCAACGCCCGCGCUGUUGCGUCGUCGGUCGUUGCGCGUGCACCGUCGAACAGAUCGGAGCGUUCGGAGCUGCCGCGCGCAGCUGAUGAGCUGAUCGCAGCGGAUGUCACAAUCGAACCCAUCGAACCCCGCCGAGCGCCGUAACGCCGUUGACGCCGUUGUGCUGCACGGACACUGCCGACGCAUGAUCCUCUCGGACGGAAAUAGUCGCGGUGCGGUGACACGCAGGUUGGUCGCGCGGAGAUGUCCCGAUAAAGUAUCCACGACGAAGAUCUCACGAAGGGAGCGCGCCGCGAUCCUUCUUCAGGGUAAUUCUCUUCUCGCGUUUCUAACGGUACACACGUGCCGAUUUGUAUGUUGUAUCGCAGGAUAGAUGCGAAUCGACGACGCAAUCAUGUCCUUGAGAAAUGUUAUCGAGUGGACAUCCACCGACGUAAAAGCGUGGCUCAUCGAGAGCGGCCACGAAGAGUAUGCGGACUUGUUUUACCUCCAUGAGAUCGACGGGAAGGUACUCCUAACGUUGAAGGAGGAGGACUUGAAAUCUAGCAUUUUAAACAUAAAGAAGCUUGGUGCUAUAAAGAAACUGUAUCUAGCUAUAAGGCAACUACAAAGAGAUAAUGUCGCCGUUUUGUUCGAGCUGGGAUAUAUGGACCUGUUUCCCUCAACAAAUUUUUAUACACAUCAGAACAAGCAUGAGGUAAAGCUGCUCAGCACUGGUACAAAUAAUGAAACAUCCAUCGAGAAUGAAUUUUAUUCAGCUUCAAUAUCGGAGGACGGACAUGCCUCUCAUUUGCCACCAGAAAUUGGGAAGACGGUCAUUAGUUUGGGAUAUUUAUUUAUUGUCACAUGGAUUACUGCCUUUGUGAUGGUUAUCGUUCAUGACCGAGUGCCUGAUAUGAAGAAGUACCCUCCAUUGCCGGACAUAUUUUUAGAUAAUGUACCUCAUAUCCCUUGGGCGUUUGAUAUGUGCGAAGUUACUGGUACACUGCUUUUUGCGAUAUGGCUUGUUGUGCUUAUAUUUCACAAGUAUAGAUUUAUUUUGUUACGGAGAUUUUUUGCACUGUCGGGUACAGUCUUCCUACUGAGGUGUGUGACGAUGCUCAUUACUUCAUUGUCGGUGCCGGGUGCACAUCUACAAUGUCAACCACGGAAAGUCCCAGAUGAAGACUGGAAUGCUGCAUAUGUUGAGCUGUAUAAUAAAAUUGCAAUGGCUUAUGUUAUUUGGCGAGGUGCUGGCAUGUCUAUUCAAGGUGUAAGAACUUGCGGAGAUUAUAUGUUUAGUGGGCAUACAGUGGCGUUAACAAUGCUUAACUUUUUUAUUACAGAGUAUACUCCAAGACACUUAUAUUUUUUGCAUACUUUUACAUGGAUGCUUAACAUGUUCGGUAUCUUUUUCAUCCUCGCGGCGCACGAGCAUUAUUCCAUUGAUGUUUUCGUCGCGUUUUACAUAACUUCGCGAUUGUUUCUUUAUUACCACACGCUGGCGAAUAAUCAAGCACUGAUGCAGCGCGAUUCAAUCAGAACCAGAGUUUGGUUUCCAUUAUUUAGCUUUUUUGAAGCGUCCGUUGAUGGUAUUGUUCCUAAUGAGUAUGAAUCGCCGUCCUUAAUAGUUUGCAAUUUGGUAGGCACAGGAAAGAACAUCUGGCAAUGCAUACGCUCUCGGUUUUCUUUCCAAAAAACGCAGCAAAAUAUAAACGGCAAUUUAAAUAGCACAAAAAAGGAAUACUAGUAUCAAAUGGCAUAUAUUAUCUUUUUUUUUAAUUACUAUAUUGUACUCUUAACAUAAAUAUGAGGGAUACUUUACCCCUAAUUUUCCAAUUUCAAUUACAAAACACACACGAAGAAGAAAGGAGAUGAGAGAAUGCCAUUUCUUUGAAACGGACGUUUAUGUGAAAAUACAUAAAAUAUGUAAGUUUCAAAGAAAUAUUAAAGUGAGCCCAUUUUUUUCCAGAAUGUUAACUAUGUCCAGAUAGAUGUGUCAUGCUGAACAUAACAUGCAAACAUUUAUUUAUAAAUCGUGAUUGUAACAACACAAAAUUGCAACAUCUAUUUGAAUCAUUGCCUUAAUAACAAUGGAUUAAUUGUGUUCUUUUGACAAAAUAAGCAACAUAUUGUUGCAAUUUUUAUAGCAUCAGAAGACUUCUUUCUUUUGCUAACGACACUCAUGCAUGAGGAAGUAUUUUGAAUUUUGAGUAUAUACGUUAUCAUUUUCAAUUUUCAAAUUUCGUCACUAUGCAGACAAUAUACAGAAAUGUGUCUAUUUUGGUUUAUUUGAUAAAUCUGUUUACACGUUGGGCUAAUAUUAAAAAAAAA